AUGUCGGCCGAUUCCACUGCAAUCAACCAGCUGCUCCAUACCCACAGCAAUGGCUCCGACCACCGCGUAUCCAAACCCUCUCCGCCCACGCACAGCUAUAGCAUCAGCAGCGCCAGCGGCAGCUCGGCCCUGAAUCCUCGUUCUUGCGUUACGUGCCGCCGGCGGAAGGUCAAGUGCGACAAGAAGCACCCGUGUACCAACUGCACCAAAGCUCGCAUCGAAUGCAUUUUCCCCGCCCCGGGCCGCGCCCCGCGCAAGGCCCGCAAGCCCCCGGAUGCCGAGCUCCUCGAGCGCCUGCGCAAGCUCGAGGGCAUGGUCAAGACUCUCGGAGGAGCUGCCGUGGAAGAUGGAAACGCACAGCCAGCCGAGGAAGAGAAGGCCCCCGCGCCGCCGCCGCCGCCGCCGAAGCGGGAGCCGCAGGUCUUCGUCGGCGUGAAGAAGUCGCAUGAUCCUGACAGCGAAGAGUGCGCCAAGUACAGAUACCUUCCUCCCGAGGACAAGACGAUCGCUGGCCUGGAAACAAGAUUCGGGAGGUUGGUCGUGGAUGAAGGCAGGAGUCGCUACAUCAACAGUAGCUUCUGGGCCAGCUUGAACAACGAGGUAAAUAGGAUCGCUGCAGAAGAAAUCAGCGCGCACGGAUACUCACUUUCUGCUCUCCAACAGGUCGAAGACAUCAAAGAACUGCUCACGCACGACAGCGACGAAGAGGAAGAUCAUGCUUCGCCUGAGUCAUUUACCUCGACCGCACAUCAGGGAUUCCUUUUCGGGUACAGCUCGAUCAACGUCGACAUGCUCGCUCUGCACCCUCCCGAAAAACAUGCCCAUCGACUCUGGGCUCUUUUCAAAGAAAACGUGGACCCGCUGGUCAAGGUCUUGCAUAUUCCCACCAUCGAACCCAAAAUCAUGUCUGCGAUUGAGAAUAGGGACCACAUUCCGCGUAGCAUGGAGGCCUUGCUCUUCGCCAUCUAUUACGCCGUCAUCACAAGCUCAUCUGCAGAACAUUGUGAAGAUUGGUUUGGCGAGAACAAGACGAACCUGCUUGCAAAGUAUCGAUUCGGCCUGGAGCAAGGCCUUGCCCGCGCAAAUUUCCUUGCAACAGAUGAGUUCAUGGUCCUGCAAGCAUUCGUUAUCUUCUUGAUUUGUCUGCGCCGCAACGAGCCUGCCCGGAUGAUAUGGACUUUGACAGGACUGGUCGUGCGCAUGGCCCAAACUCUUGGCAUCCAUCGCGACGGUUCCCACUUCGGCCUAUCGCCAUUCGAAAUCGAGAUACGCCGUCGUCUUUGGUGGCAGGUCUGCAUCCUCGACGCCCGAGCCAGCGAAGAUCACGGCUGCGAUCCCACCAUUGUCGAAGCAUCAUUCGACACACAAAUUCCAUUGAACGUGAAUGACAGUGACCUUUAUCCAUCCAUGACCGAAUUUCCGAAGGAGCGUACCGGAUGUACCGAAAUGACUUUCUGCUUGGUUAGGUUCGAGGUUGCCAACGUCUACAGACGCAUCCAAUACGUGCCACCGGGCCCCGUAAGGUGCAAUCGCUUCCUUUCAUCAGUCCCUCUGGAGCAGAAGGAGCGCUGGAUCACCGAGGUUCACUCAAAGAUUGAAGAAAAGUACUUGCGGGAUUGUGACAUGACUGUUCCGCUCUACUGGGUCAUCGCGACAGUAUCUCGUCUCAUCAUGUCCAAAAUGUGGCUCAUGAUAUAUCACCCAUACCAGCGCCUUGACGGCGGCGCCUCCCUUCCACAAGAGACGAAAGAUAAGCUGUUCGUCACGUCACUCGAGAACGUCGAGUACAGCAUCCUUUUGGAAACGGAGGAGCGCACGCAGAAAUGGGGGUGGCUCUUCAGAACCUAUGUUCAAUGGCAUGCCAUUGCCUUCCUGCUGUCGGAGCUCUGUCACCGGACGGAAGGAGAACUCGUCGCACGCGCUUGGCGAGCUGUAGAAGCCACGGCAGCGCGGCGCUGGAACGAUCUCAGCAACGACCAGAAAAAGGGCUGCCUAUGGCGCCCUCUACGCAAGCUCGUAGCACGAGCACGCGCCGCGCGAGAGGCCCAGCUUGCCAGGGAGCAAAAAGAGGUUCUUCAGGCGCAGGCAAGGGCUCGGCAGAGUUUUCCGGAUAUGUCGGGGCAGGCACUCGGCCUGGACAUGUUGCCGCAAAUAACCGCUGCUCAACAGCAGCCUCAAGGCCUUGGCGCAUCGCUUUUCGACGGCAGUUUCGACUUCACUUCUGGCACGUCUCAGCCGCUUGGUAUGGAUUUCACUACUGCUGCGGCAUCUCCUCAAGUCUUCAUGACACCAAGCGGACCGCGAUCACUGCAAACGCAGAUCCCGGGUGGAGAUCUAGUCUCGCCAACCAGUCAAUUUCUCGCUGAGACUCGAACACCACCACAGUUACACAACUCUCCUCAAUCACAAGUUCACGAAUCGAUGACCUCUCUUGACUGGCUCCUAAAAUCCUCACCCGAACCUAUGGAUGGGACUGACAGCAUCCCAGGCCUCAGUAACGGCAACAGCGGCAACACUUCGUCAAAUACAAUAUCCAGCGCAGGCACUGGGCCAAGUAGCACGCCCAACGGAGUCCACCACUUUGGUAGCAUCAGCACGUCAAUUGCACCUAACGGAACAACGCCGGCCCGCAGUGACAGCGCCACCACUUUAUCUCCUGGCGUAGGUGAUCCCGAUGGCAUGAAUUGGGCCAGCUGGGAUGACCUAGUCGCACAAUAUGGCAUGGAUGUCGACCCCGCACAAGAGCUCCAAGGAGACCGUCGUGACAUGGACCAGAUGUUCGUUCCCGUAAGAGGGUUUGAGACGUGGUACUGA